AUGCCGAGCAAACUAUCGAUCGUGGUGUUCAUCGCCUCUCCGCGAGACUACGCUCGAUGCCGACAUGCCGCGCUCUAUUUUGAAUUCUUCCAGGAUUCUUCUACACACACAUGCAAUGGCAUCAAAUCCCCGUCUGAUACCCAUCCCCGAUUGGAAGUAGAGCCGCAUCAGGAGCGUGAGAGUGGUUCUACGCCCUCGCGCACGCCCACCCCGGGCCUUUCGAGCGCCAGACUUCAAGACUGUCAAGAUGAUAUCAAAUCCUGCAUGAUGGAGGUGAUUGGAUCCCCAGGCUUCUUCACUUUCCAUGAGCGUCUCAAUACGGCUUUUCCUGUCGCGGCGGCAGGACUGGCAAGAGCGGCUUUCGUGGCAACCAUCCCAGACACUGUCUCCAUAUCGUCCUUGCGGGCAGUUGUGUCGGGGACACCGUUUGCUGGCCAGGAAAUUGACUGGAAUGCUCAGAACUGGGUCGGAGAUGCACUGGAGCGCUUGGUCACCGUGGGCUACUUGACUCCAGAGCAAAAGGACAAGGGACUUGACGAGAUGGUGGAUAUUAUACUCGAGGCGGCGGAUGAGGAGUCCGCAUGA